AGAAAGAAAGUCUGUUUUAGGACAAGAAUUAGACCAAGAAAUAACAGUGCAUCUCCAAUUAAUAGUGAGUGGCCAGAACGUGGUGCUGAUGAUCCAUUGUGGCAAAACCUCAGACGCAAAUUUUGAAUUUGUGAAUGGCUUUUAGCAGAAAUGAGGCAGAGAUUGUGGCGAGGGCAAAGACGUGAUUCAAUCCAGGCUAAGGGAGAAGCCAGCACUUGGACCUCCACAGCUUGAGAAGCUGGCACCUGCUGAGUUACAGAAAUGCCGUGUAAAUAAGGCACGCACCCGCAAGCGGCACCGGCCAUGUAAGAAGUCAAGAAAACAGACACAGAUUUGUCAUCUCAACCAACAUCCCAGAGCCCUCCUCGCCCAACAUGACCCUGACAGCCAACACACACAGGGCUCGCUGGAGCCACUGGUUGUUCACAUCAGGCUGGAAAAGCAUCUUGUCUACAAAUGUAGCCUGGCAAAAGAAAUGACGCAAAUGAAGGGUGGUUGCCGGGACCUAAUCUGCCCCAGCAGGAUCAGUGGGUGCUUUCCACCUCAAGUAGAGUCUGAGUUGGUACCAGGGCUGAUCGUGGGUGAAUAUUGUUGGUGCAUCGUCAUGAAAGCCAAGCUGGUUAUGCAGCAGCGUUAUCCCGGUGGUGGCUGGACGGUAGUGCUGGAAGAGUACUCGUGGUGCACAAGGUUUGGAGUCUAUGGGAAUUCCCUUGAGGACAAAGUGCCACAUGAAGCUAUAACCGGAGUGUGUGAAGACUGAUCUCUACCUGAAGAGCAUCACAUCAUGGCAUUCACACACCUUGCAGAUGCAUCUUACAUGUGGCGUGCCUUCUGGGGGGACAAGCUGGAAAUACUGUUCCAGGCCUGGGCCAGGGUCCAGCAGCCCUUAGACCAACAGUCCAUCCACUGGAUAGAGGCCACUGAGGGGUAUGAUACCUCCUCCCAAAAGGAUGAAGUGGUAUCUGCAGGCAGAGCUAUUAUCCCCAGGGUGUGUGGAGAUCCACCCCCACUGGAAGGGCCAGACACCAUCAUGCCUGUCCUCAAGGAAGAUGGAUCCUACCUGCUCUGUGGAUUUUGGGCUGAUGAGCCUGAAGCACCAGCCCAGGCCUGGUCUGAGGUUGUGCAAUGUACAACCCAGCAGCCCAUCUUUUGUGCUGAGGCCAUUGUGGUGGAAGACCUUUCCUACAAAAAGGAGGAAGGGGAGGUGGCAACUGCAGACCAGAUCGAGCCUAUCCCCAGGGCGUGUGGAGACCCACCACCACUGGAAAGGCCGGAUGUCAUCGUGCCUAUCCUGAAGGAUGACAGAUCUUACAUGCUCUGUGCAUAUUGGGCUGAUGAGUCUGAAACACCAGCACAGGUUUCUGCUGAGCCUUGGCACCUUACAACCCAACAGCCCAUCUGCUGUGCUGAGGCCAUUGUGGUGGAAGAUGCCUCAAGCCAAAAGGAAGGAGAGGUGGCAUCUCCAGAUCUGGCCGAGGCCAACCCCAGGGUGGGUGAAGAUCCACCCCCACUGGAAGGGCCAGAUGUCAUCGUGCCUAUCCUCAAGGAUGACGGAUCCUACAUGCUCUGUGGAUUUUGGGCAGAUGAUGAUGCUGAAGCUCCAGUCUGGGCCUGUGCUGGGGCCUGGCACCCUACAAUCCAGCAGCCCAUCUUUUGUGCUGAGGCCAUUGUGGUGGAAAACCCCUGCCGCCAAAAGGAGGAAGUGGAGUUGGCAUCUACAGACCAGGCAGAGGCUAUCCUCAGGGUGUGUGGAGAUCCACCCCCACUGGAAGGGCCAGAUGCCAUCGUGCCCAUCCUCAAGGAUGAUGGGUCCUACGUGCUCUGUGCAUAUUGGGCAGAUGAGCCUGAAGCACCAGCCCAGGCCUGGGCUAGGGCCUGGCUCCUUACAACCCAGCAACCCCUCUGCUGUGCUGAGGCCAUUGUAGUGGAAGACUCCUCAAACAAAAAGGAGAAAGUCGAAGGGGAAUCCUCAGAUCAGGCUGAGGCUAUGUCCAGGGUGUGUGGAGAUCCACCCCUACUGGAAGGGCCAGGUGUCAUCGUGCCUAUCCUCAAGGAUGAUGGGUCCUACAUGCUCUGUGGAUUUUGGGCUGAUGAGCCUGAAGCACCAGUCCAGGCCUGUGCUGAGCCCUGGCACCUUACAACCCAGAAGCCCAUUUGCUGUGCUGAAGCUAUUGUGGUGGAAGAGCCCUCCUGCAAAAAGGAGGAAGGGGACUCAGCAUCUGCAGAGCAGGCCGAGGCUAUACCCAGGGUGGGUGAAGAUCCACCACCACUGGAAGGGCCAGAUGUCAUCGUGCCUAUCCUCAAGGAUGACGGGUCCUACAUGCUCUGUGCAUAUUGGGCUGAUGAGCCUGAAGCACCAGUCCAGGCCUGGGCUGGGGCCUGGCACUUUACAACCCAGCAGCCCAUCUGCUGUGCUGAGAACACUUUGGUGGAAGAGCCCUCGUUUCAAGAGGAGGAAGGUGUGGUGGCACCUGCAGACCAGGCUGAGGCUAAUCAGAGCCUCUGCUCUGCAUCACACCUCAGGGUGUGUGAAGAUCUACCCCCAUUGGAAGGGCCAGAUGUCAUCAUGCCUAUUCUCAAGGAUGACGGGUCCUAUGUGCUCUGUGCAGUUUGGACGGAUAAUCCUGAAGUGCCAGUCCAGGCCUGGGCUGGGGCCUGGCACCCUACAACCCAGCAGCCCAUGUGCUGUGCUGAGGCCAUUGUGGUGAAAGAUGCCACCUACCAAAAAGAGAAAGUCAUGUUGGCAACUGCUGAUCGGGCUGAGGCUCCCUCCAGGGUGUGUGGAGAUCCACCCCCACUGGAAGGGCCAGAUGCCAUCGUGCCCAUCCUCAAGGAUGACGGGUCCUAUGUGCUCUGUGCAUAUUGGGCAGAUGAACCUGAAGCACCAGUGCAGGCCUGUACUGGGCUUUGGCACCCUACAGCCCAGCAGCCCGUAUGCUGUGCUGAGGCCAUUGUGGUGGAAGAUGCCUCCAGCCAAAAGGAGAAAAUAGAGGCGGCAUCUGCAGAGCAGACUGAGGCUAUACCCAGUGGAAGAGCCCUCAUCACAAGAGGAGGAAGGGAAGGUGGCACGUGCAGACCAGGCUGAGGCUAAUCAGAGGUAAAUCUACAGAUGGGUUGAGGGUGUUUUACUCUGGACAUCUGGCAUGCCAGACAUGGGAGGAGAGAAAUGGACCCAUGAGCCAUUUUUCCCAUUCAGAUCUCAUCCUGCAGACUGUGGAACAUGUCUUGAAAGCCCCAUGUGCUGAGGCAGGUCACAAACACUGUGCAGGUCACCAACUACUUAUCCUCUUUGGAAACUACAUAAGUUUUCCUGGGGUCCAGUCAUGUCGAGGUCAUUCCUCAUGCCACACUUUUAUGUCACCUCCCUAAAAAGUGUUUGGCAGCUCCCUCAGCCCCUCUGCUUGUGCUUCAUCCACAUCCCUCCAGUACAACAAUAAAGACAGGGAUGUCCAAUGCACCAAUGCUCUCUGCAGUGCUUAGUGA